AUGCCUACUGAUACUAUAGUCUCCCAGGUAAGUGUAAAUACCUAUAUUAAUAAGCCUUCUACACCAAAGGAGCCUAAUCAGAUCAUAAACACAGACUUAGAACAUGUGUACUGCGAUUCACUAAAAAAUCAGAGUUUGUCGGACCCACCCCGCAAAACUGAGGAAUCGAACUUCUAUUUAAGCAAAUUUAAUUCCGAUUUAAGGGAUAGGUUGCAGAAUCUGUUCAGAUACGGGUCCCAUAGUUCACUUUUGGAGGAUGAAGCAUUUGUGUAUUUGGAACCACUCAAAAAAUUCCUUCAAAACGCAAAUGUUUCGUACGAACAAAGGAACCUACUCGAGUUUUGCCUUUUGAUUUUGAUUUUUUUGAAAAAUAAUAAAAAGGAUUGCAACAACAGUAACAUAGAACUUAGCCUGGAUUCCAUACACAAAUUUGACAUAUGUCCAGAGAUUGUGAGCAAAAUAGUCCACGGAAGCAGGCUCUUUUAUAAAAACCAAGGAGAUGAGCUGGAGUUAUUGGUAAAUGUUUGUAUUUGGACCACGGAAGUCGGGAACUCUCCAAACCUAAUUCAGCUGUGCUACCAGCUGUUGAUCCAGGCGCUGAGAUGCGGAUAUAAAAGUGACCUAGUGGAGUCAUACAUAAGAAACUCAAUACUGUCGAGGAGCUCAGUAAUAACGUACAUUUCACACACACAGUCACACUACCAGCACGUGUACUGGAACCUGAGGAUCCUACAAGUUGCACUGUCGAAGAAGAUGCUGAAGGAAGAAGAUGCGAAGAAGGUGAGGGAGUUCGGACUUAACGCACUGAAACUGAGUAAUAAGUCGUUGUACAUUCUGGACGAAACAGCCUGCCUGCUGGCACAAGUGUGGAUGGUAGAAGGAGAGGACUUUGACAUAGGAAUGGAAAACAGACUAAGAGUGUUGGUUAAACUGCUGAGCACAUCAGAUAACUCGUUCCUAAUUCACUUUAAAAUGGAAGAGUUGACAAAAUUGGCAAUUUCAGGGCCACUAGAACAGAGAAAGCUGGCACUGAAGUGUUUAUCACUGGUGCCAGAAAAACACGGAAACGCAGUCUUGACUAAGGUGAUAGAAAAGCUUCUAUACAAAAAUAACUUUACGACAUACAGGUCAUUCAUAAAAAAUUUGGACUUGGGGAUCCUGACGAUAGGCUCAAAAUAUUUGAAGGACCUGGACUCGGCAGUUAAGUAUUUGAAUAGUCUCCACAAGUUGACGAAUAACAUCAUAUACGGCUCAGAAAUUAACAAGGGGGAGAGUGCACGAAGCUCCGUCCUGGAGGGAGCGACUGCAGAAAAGGAGAGUAAGGUGUACGACUACGACUUCGUGGUUCUGCUGAAGAUACUGACGGCGACGCCGCUGGGGCCGUGCUGCAUAAAGAGAAUCAUAGAAAAGUUGAACGCGCUCAAGAGUAACCUGAACCAGUACUACUAUCAAAUAUUUGACCUCGUCAACGCAAUAAUAGCGACCAGGUCGCAGAUCUCGGAGAUGAACACGAUGUCAGUGGACGUGGACUACGGGCCAGACCUCUCGCUGUAUUUGCUCCUGGGCAUGGACGCAAACUUCACGAGCAUUAGAAGGGACUACAUAAGGGCGCUGACGAUCUCAACAAACCACAUCGAUUUCGACUACGUCAACUACAUCAUGAAGACGAUAAAGAACAUUGUGAAGCGUAUUGGCCGUGGUAGUAGGACCUGCAGCACCGCCAGUUACUGUAAAGCAGGCGCCACAGUUGACACUGAAGCCAGUGACAACGGCCUUAAGAAGGCCAACGAAGGCACACCAAGUUCCUGUAUCGACAGAGCAGCUGUCACCACAGUGAAAGCGUACAGUGAGUGGGCGCUGAAGAUCAUGGUCACCGGGCUGUGCGAGUACCUGGAGGUCUUCAUUGAGCACAACGCGUUGGGCAUCUACGGAGCGAACCACCCGAGAAUAAAUAAGCUGUGCAAGGGGACGAUAGACCUGUUCAAGUCGAUAGUAAAAAACACGUCGGUGACGAGUGACCUGAGCAUUGUGGCGCAAAUGGUCAAAGUGCUGAAGGGAAUGUACGAGUACAACAAAGGGACGCUGGCUAAAAUGCAAACUGUUAUCCAUAAAAUAGUGGGUGUAAUUAGUGAGAGUCAGGCCGGAGAGAGAAGUGGGUUUGAGGAACAAGUGGACGGGUACAAGGAGGAGCUGCUAGUAAACUUCUGCAGCCUCUACGAAGCAGUAAGCUGCGAAGAGUUGCCCUUCCACCUAGUGGAGCCCGCAGUGCUGGCGCUGGUAUAUAAGGAGUGCGCCGGCCACGCGGCCAGGGGGCUGUGCAACACCAUCACGCUGCACGCCACCAAGAAGAUCCUGCAGACGACGGCGAAUCAGCUGACGCUUCUGGAAGCGCACGACUGGGGCGGCCAUGUCAUAGCGGAUUUGAGGAGUUUGGUGAGCCUCGUGCUGACGAAGCUGAAGCGAAAGCACUGCAGUCUCGUCGAAAGGGGGCUCGCACACACCUUUAAGUUUUACAGCCACAACUUCAGAUUAACCCAGGAUUCCAUGGAAAAAAGGUUAAAGGAGCUCCUGGACGUGGGCCUGGUGCACCUGUAUCACGUCGACGAGGUCAAGCUUUUCGAGUCCGACUACACCCUAGCCCCGGACGUCGUACAGAAUAUGUACGUAUCCAGGAUCAGCAGGCUGCAAGUGUCGCACGAAGUGCUAUCCUCAGUUCCCUGGGCUGGAACCUCGAGGCUGGUCUGCAUAAUGGACGAGGUUGCACAGAGAGGACCCAAUGACCAGAAAACAUGGUCGACUUUGCUGAGAAGGGCCGACAUAAUACUAGACAGCUUCAACAGCAACAAUCUAUCGAGGAUGGCAGUAAUCCUGACUAAAAACACGUAUUCAGACUCCUCGUUUCUGGAAAGGCUAAAAUCGCAAUGCCUAAAGAAGGCGGAAGAGUCCGAUUUACUAUCCUGUUGCGGGUUUCUUUACGCACUCAACAAAAUGGGACUGUGCGACGCCAGAGUUUUAUCGCAAUUCAGACCUCGAGUUACUGAGCAACUCUCAUCAGCCAAGGAUUCCUACCCACUAGUCCUGAUUCUCAACGCUUACUGCACUAGCAAGGACCGGCAAAUGGUGAUCGCACUGUUAAGUGAGCUUAAAGGGUACACCGCCAGCUUAAAACCACAGGCGUUUGCAAUGAUAAUCAUUGACGUUCUGUCAAAUUUUAGCGAUCCUGAGGUGUUAGGGAACUUGGAAACAUUCAUUCUAAACUCUCUGAACUGCAUUGAGAGCAUGGACCUGAGAUCUCUCGUUCGACUGUACAGCGUCUUCAGUGGUACAAGCCACCCACUGAGGGAUCAGUAUUUGGAGACCUUGGCAAACACACUCAGUAAUUCGAUUCACCACGCCACACUGCAUCAAUUAUCCACUGUUUUACUGGGAUACACUAGGUGUUCAGUGGAUACUAAGCUUCUGCGUGCAGUAAUAGAUUCAAUAAAGUUAAAAUAUGAAUCGGGGGAUUUGCAGGAACUUUUAUUCCUGUUAUCCAACCUUUUGAAAUUGAAUCUCAAUGAGCUGUCCUUGGUGGAAGACCUAGUGAACAGAAUAGUUAAAUUUAAACACAUUAACGGCGUGCAACUGUCAAAUCUGGUGUAUUUGGGCGGCAAGCAUAAGCUGGACAUACCCUAUCGCUUCAUUUUCGAGCACUACCAAAGACUGAAGGACACAUUUGCCCCGAGGGACCUGGCGCUGUUCGCAUACGGAAUGCACAAACUCGGUGACCUGUCUCUGCACCCUGAGCUUUACGAACGCGCAAGACAGAUUGCGAAUAACGACUAUGAUACAACAUCACACACCAUUUUAAAAAAAGUUUUCACGAAUUUAAACUGA